AUGCAAUUUUUUCGGCUCCUCUCCGCUGCCUUUGCCAGCGCUGUAGUCGCUCAAUCUCCUAUUGCUAUUAUUUACCUUGACCCUGGAUUUGCAGGGCCGUCGCAGCAAAUCAAUUCCAUAGGAGAGUGUGACGCUAUCGAUCCCAAUACUAUGCCUCCCGAGGUCGGAUCUAUCCAAGUCGCGUCGGGUAUCGAAUGA